AUGGCUGACGACACAGAGACCAAGCAUGGAGGAAGCAAGAAUGGAAGGAAAGAAGGCCUCUCUGGAAGCUCAUUUUUCACCUGGUUUAUGGUAAUUGCUUUGCUGGGAGUUUGGACAUCAGUAGCAGUUGUCUGGUUUGAACUUGUAGAUUAUGAAGAAGUUCUAGGCAAACUUGGGAUAUAUGAUGCUGAUGGAGAUGGAGAUUUUGAUGUGGAAGAUGCUAAAGUAUUGCUAGGCCUUAAAGAAAGAUCUGUCCCAGCACAGCCAGCAUCACCAGAAUCUGAGGAGAAUGUCCAGCCUGCUGAAAAGUCUUAUGUCGAAUCAGAGCACAAGACUGCUGAUGUAGAAUUGGAAGAGGAAAUUCAGUCUGUUCUUCAUGAAGCUCUCCAUUCCCAUCCUGCUAAGAAGAAGAGGAAGCCAAAGCUCUUAAACAAGUUUGAUAAGACCAUUAAAGCUGAAUUAGAUGCUGCAGAAAAACUACGUAAAAAAGGAAAAGUUGAAGAAGCUCUAAGGGCCUUUGAAGCAUUAGUGAACCAAUAUCCACAAAGUCCUCGAGCAAGAUACGGGAAGGCACAGUCUGAAGAUGACUUAGCUGAGAAAAUGAGAAGCAAUGAGAUGCUGCAGCAAGCUAUUAACACCUAUGAUGAGGUGGUUAGUCUGCCAAAUGUCCCUUCAGACCUGAUAAAACUGAGCUUGAAGCGAGAAGCUGACAGGCAGCAGUUCCUUGGUCGCAUGAGGGGUUCCCUGGUUACUCUACAGAAAUUAGUUCAGCUGUUUCCCAGUGAGACUUCAUUCAAGAAUGACCUUGGUGUUGGUUACCUCUUGAUAGGAGAUAACAGCAAUGCUAAGAAAGUAUAUGAAGAGGUUUUAAGUGUGGCUCCAAAUGAUGGCUUUGCCAAAGUACAUUAUGGCUUCAUCCUGAAGGCAGAAAACAAGAUAGCAGAGAGCAUACCUUAUCUACAGGAAGGACUGGAGUCUGGUGACCCUGGCACAGAUGAUGGGCGUUUUUAUUUUCAUCUGGGUGACGCAUUACAGAGAAUGGGAGACAAAGAGGCAUACAAGUGGUACGAACUUGGAUACCAAAGAGGUCACUUUGCAUCAGUUUGGCAGCGCUCCCUCUACAACGUCAAGGGGCUGAAAGCUCAGCCUUGGUGGACAGCAAGGGAAACUGGAUAUACAGAACUGGUGAAGUCCUUAGAGAAAAACUGGAAGCUCAUUCGGGAUGAGGGUCUUGCUGUGAUGGAUAAAAAAAGAAGUCUCUUCCUGCCUGAAGAUGAGAACCUACGGGAAAAAGGAGACUGGAGCCAGUUUACAUUAUGGCAACAAGGAAGAAAAAAUGAGAAUGCUUGUAAAAGUGUUCCGAAAACAUGUGCUUUAUUGGAAAGAUUCCCGGAAGCUACUGGCUGCAGAAGAGGGCAGAUCAAAUAUUCUAUCAUGCACCCAGGGACUCAUGUCUGGCCCCACACAGGGCCCACCAACUGUCGGCUGAGGAUGCAUUUGGGCUUGGUGAUCCCUAAGGAAGGCUGCAGAAUACGGUGUGCCCAAGAGAACAGAGACUGGGAAGAAGGGAAAGUCCUUAUUUUUGAUGACUCUUUCGAGCAUGAAGUAUGGCAGGAUGCUGAAAGUUAUCGCCUGAUAUUCAUUGUGGAUGUGUGGCACCCUGAGUUAACAGCUCAACAGAGACGUACCCUUCCUGCUAUUUAG